AUGCGGCGGGACAGAUCUUGCACGUUAAAUGUCUCUUCUUUAUCUCGUAAUGUUAAGGAAGCACAUCUAAGAGAGGUCUUCGGCCUCUUCGGAGUUAUACGUUCGUGCGAAUUAGCUAUAGAUAAAAAAGCAGGUAUACCGAAGGGAUAUGCAUAUGUUGAGUUUGACACUCAAAGAGAAGCAGAGAACGCUCGCAGACAUCUUCAUGGGGGAGUUCUGGACGGGAAGACGCUGCGGGUGGAGCUCUCUUCGAAGACACACGAACGCCACCAAGGGAAGAGAGACAGAACUCGCAGCAGAAGCCCCCAAAGGUAUUACAGCUAA